UAAGCACCAUUCACUCGAUCUUCUUGGCCUUUCUCUCUUCCUUCCAUCAUCAUCGAUUCAAACCACGACCUUCGCUUCAUUACCAUCAACAACCAAUCCAACAGACACCUCACACCACCCACAACAUGGCUCAGACACGCUCAUCUCAAGGCGACGACAAGUCCAGCUCACCUUCGGCCGGCACCAAGCGCAAGGUCGAAGACAGCACCGCCGCCGAUGACAGCAACCCAAAGAGCGAGAAGCAGCAGAAGACGCUCGAAGAGACUCUGUCGACCACCAACGGUCGCAGCGAGGCGAAAGACUCAAAGGACAACUCACAGGACAACGCAAAGGACGAUGCCAAGGACGAAUCGAAGGGCAAACCACAAGCAGAGAAGUCUGCACCUCAGGCCAGCAACGGAGUCAAUGCCUUCGACCAAGUGAAGGCAGACGAGAACGAUGCUGGAUCGACUAGCAAGCAGGAGGACGACAGCAACAAUACCGAGGCCAAUGCUUCGAACGGCGACAGCAAAGUCAAUGGUGGAGAAGAGAAGAUCAAGGACACAAACGGCGGUGCAGUCGAAGAGAGCAAGGAUCGUGAAGAAGCCAUGCCUUCCAACAUUCUCGAGAAGGGAAUCAUCUACUUCUUCUCCCGUGGCCGCGUUCAAGUCGACAACCCAGACAGCGUCCAAGAUCUCGCACGCAGCUACUUCGUUCUGCGGCCUCUUCCCGACGGCGCCAAAUUUACCGACGGAGCCAUUCAAGACGUCAAGAACAAUCGCCUCAUCGCAUUGCCCAAGAAAGUCUGGCCAAAGAGCGGCAAAGAUCGCUUCAUGGCGUUCGUGGAGAAGGCCAAGGUGGGCAUGGACACGCUCAAGGAGGAGUUCUUCUCGGGCUCGGACUACAGCACCAAGACGACGGGCACGAGGCAUACACCGGAAGUAACGCCGAUGGGCGAGGGCGUGUAUGCGAUGACUUCGACGGGAGGCGGACAAGGCACCACGCAUUUGGCGUACAUGCUCACCAUCCCAUCGGAGAUCGGUGAGGUGCAGAAGGAUCUCGGAAUUGCGCAGAAGGGCUCGUUCGUGCUCAGCCUGAAGAACCCAGAGUCGAAGGGACCAGCCAACGCUCAGCUCGACAAGGGCGCCGAGUACCCAUCCGAGAUCAUGGAGGAGUUCCGCGGCCGUUCGUGGAUGCCCGUACAAGCCAAGCAUCUUGACUAUGAUAACGCGCAGAUGCUGUUGAUUGGUGAGGACUUCGAGUCGAGCAGUAACCUCGAGCCGGCGCCGAAGGAUGAGAAGAACGGCGAGAAGGAGACGCCGCAGGAGGAGUUGGAGAAGCUCGAGGAGGAGGACGAGCAUCGCGUGGAGCACUUGAAGGGCGACGACACCAUCUUCGCUGAUCUGGGCAUCUCGAGCAAGGACUAUCCCAAAGUGCCCACGACUUGGUAG